UGGAUGUUACUGCUGUCCUUGUAUCAAUAUGUCUAAUUCUCUGGGUUUUCUUCUAAUUCUUACUCUCAUAACAGGAGCUGAAAGUAUUACCACUAUCAGCAAGGUUGCUGUAAAGGUUGGAACUUCCAUAUCUAUCCCCUGUCUUUAUCAACCAAAAUACAGAGGCCAUGUGAAAUAUUUAUGUAAAGGAUAUUAUUUCAGUUCCUGCCAAUAUGCAAUUAAAACACAUUCACCAGAAAACCAAGAGUAUUCGAUUUCUGAUGACAAAAGUCAAAACAUUUUCAAUGUAACCAUAAAAGAGUCGACGGCUGAAGGUUCUUAUUACUGGUGCGCCGUGGAGAUUGAUAAUGGGGGAGAUGUCCGGAAGUAUUUUCACCUGUCAUUCACCAGAGACAAAUCCAGUCUAUAUGUGACUGAUCAGAUGGUGACAGGAUUUAUUGGAGAAAACACAACCAUAACCUGCUACUACAGAGCCAAAGGAAACAUUGAUUGGUGUAAACUGGGCAGGACAUGUAUCAAAGAUGGAUUAAUAGAUGGAAUAACAGUAAACACUGACAAGAAGAAAGAUUCAUUCAGUGUGACCAUGAGUGGACUGAGAGCAGGGAACAGUGGUUGGUAUUACUGUGUCAAUGGAGACCUUCAGAUGCCAAUUUAUCUGACUGUGACCAUCAGACCCACUGUCGAAUCGACUACAGUUACAGCAGCAACAGAAUCUGCUACAAUAGAAGACCAGAAAGAAGACCAGAAAACCAAAGAAGACAGAACUUUUCCUGCACUACUGAGCCUCAUCAUCCCUCUGGUUUCAUUGAUUUUGGUUGCUAUUGUGGCGUUAUUAGUACUGUUUAGAACCAAACGUGCCAAAAUUCAAGAUUCAAGUGGCAGCUCCAACUUGAAGGAAGGGGAGGUUACGUAUUCAGAAGUCAGUUUCAAGAAAAAUCAGGCAUUACCUGUUGAAAGCGAUGGAGAUGUGACCUACAGCUCUGUUGUUAUUAAAAAGCCACAGGGUGGAAAAAGGGCUAAAGCAAAGGACGACAAUGAGACACACAGUCACCACAAGCAAAAUGUUUAAAUCAAUCGGUUUUUAAAUGUUUUUCCGUUACAUGACUAAGGUUUAGACAACUGUGUUGUAAGGGUCUCUUUUCAAGUGUGCAACAACGUAAUGGUUUAUUGUUUGACAUUAUUUUAAAAAAAGCACUUGAUCAUAUCUUUUUUAGAUUAAGUAUACGCAUUCAACUGAUUAUGGAACAACUUUAACCUCUUUAACAGCUUCAGAGCAUAUUGAAUGCUUAUUGUUCCUCUUGAAUGCAAAUGAUUUAAAUGUUUAUAUUGUCAUUAUUUUGUUUGAAUCCUAAAAAAAUUUGCUAAAAUAUUUUACUUUAUUGGGAUCUAUGUAAACGCAGAAUAUUAAUUGUGUAUACUUCUACUAAAAAGUUUUUUCUUCUGACUAAUAUUUGCUUUUUGCAAUAGUACAUUGAUAGCUCUAAAUGAAAUCUGAGAUGAACAGGACUUGGAGCUCAUCACCAAAAGUAGCUCCUCAAAAUAUUUCACAAGAUGGAUCGUUAAAAUUCAUAGAAGAAACAUG